AUGACAAUCCAUUCAGUAGUAAUCCAAAAACUGCUGAGCACAAACGCCCAUCUCGGCCGUCGUGUGACGGCCCACCACUUCAAGAUCUUCUCUGAGGGGACCCGCAAUGGCAUGUCCAUUAUAGACUCCGACAAGACCCUCAUUUGCCUCCGAAAUGCCUGCAAUUUCAUCGGCCACUUGGCCCGUGACAAUGCGCGGUUCCUCUUCGUCAACACCAACUCUCUCUUCGAUGAAAUCGUUGCCCAGAUGACCCAGACCGUUGGGAUCAAGAACGACACCACGUGGCGUCUUGGAGGCUUUUUAACAAACAGUUCGAGCCCAAAAAAGUUUCGUGGCAGAAAUAAGAAGUUGAACCUUGGUGCAAUUCAGGCGCCGGAUUGUAUUGUGAUUUUUGACACGGAGAGAAAAAGCUCAGUGAUUCAGGAGGCGUCUAGGCUGCAGAUUCCCAUUGUUGGGCUGGUGGAUUCGAGUAUGCCGUCCGAUACUUAUGAGAAGAUUACAUACCCUGUGCCGGCUAAUGAUUCUGUGCAGUUUGUGUACUUGUUCUGUAAUUUGAUCACCAAAACUAUUUUGUACGAGCAGAAGAGGUCUCAGGCUGCAUUGACUGAGAAGGAGGAUAAAUACAGAACACGAGAUGAAAUUCAACAAAUUGACAAGACUGCUACAAAGGACAAAAUCUCAGUUCUUCCUUACGAGAAAUUGCAACCCGCUCCUGAAGAUAUCUUGGAAACUAAGCAGAUUUUGGACAAACUUGUUGUAUUGAAGUUCAAUGGCAGCCUGGGGACAAAGAUGGGCUUUCAUGGCCCCAAGUCCGUUGUGGAAGUUUGUGAUGGAUUGACAUGUCUGGAUUUGAUUCUCAAUCAAAUUGAGUCUCUCAAUUCCAAGUUUGGAUGUGUCAUUCCGCUGCUUUUGGUGAAUGCACCCAAUACGCAUGACGGUGUAUUAAAGGUCUUGGAAAGGCACUCUGAUAAGAACAUUCAUUCUCUUGUCCAGAGCCAACACCACCAAGGAAAUGUCCAUGAUCUUCCUCCAGUGUCAGCUGGAAAACUGGAUGACCAUGAUGGAAUGGAUUCUAUAAACCUUGCUGAGGUUUUCUCCUCGCUGAUGAAUGAUGGAAAAAUAGAUGUACUAUUGUCUCAGGGCAAAGAGUAUAUCCUGGUGUUGAAUUCAGAUAACGUUGCUCAUAUUGUUGAUCCAAAAAUCUUAAACCAUUUGAUUCAAAACAAUAUCGAGUAUUGUGUGGAGGUGAUGCCUAAAUCCUCUGAAUCAGAAGAAAGUAACCUUUCAUCUAUUAAAGAAGAGUUUGAGAACCUAAUGCCAAAGAAGAAUUUGAAAUUCACUCAUACAAUGUGGAUGAAUAUGAACUUUAUUGAAACACUUGUGCAAAGACGUGCGGCAAAAGAGUCUUUGACCAUUUCAAAGCUCUUUGAUCAGUCAUUUGCUAUAAAUGUUCCUAAAUCGAGAUAUCUUCCAGUUGAAGCUACAUCCGAUCUACUUCUGCUACAGUCAGAUUUAUACACCUUUACUGAUGGCAUUCUGACUCGAAAUACAGCCAGAGUAAAUCUUGCCGAUCCUAUAAUUGAACUAGGACCAGAAUUUGAUAAUAUCAAUGAUUUCCAGACUCGUUUCAAGUCCAUUCCUAGUGUUGUUGGACUUGUCAGCUUGAAGGUGACUGGUGAUGUGUGGUUUGGAACCGGUAUAACUCUCAAGGGAAAGGUUGUUAUACAAGCAAGACCAGGAAUGAAAAUAGUAAUUCCUGAUGACUCGGUAGUUGAAAAUAAGAUUAUUACAAGCCAAGGAGACAUUGGAGGAGGAUCUUUAUGA